CCGGCCACCCAGAGAUAGUCUGAAAUUAACUGGUCAUUAUUUUUUUUCCCAACCCUAGUUUUCUUCCACCCAUGAACCAUCGCCGUCUUCUUCUCUUGAGCUCUCAUAAAACUCUAAUCUCCUUUUUGUCGUAAACACCCAGAGUUACAGAGUUACUCUUGCAGGCUUCGUCGCCCUCAUAGUGCCGCAUAGAUGCUGCCAUCCGCGGUUGUCAUCACCCUAUUAGCCGCUGUCGCCGCCAAUAUGUGAUCGCCACUGCCAACUAACCGCCGCCCACCAGUUGCCAAUGCGACGUCUUGUUGUGUUGCUGUCGUUCCUGCCAACAUGAAGCUGUGUUGUUGCCAUCACUCAUGAUGCUGUGUUGUUGCCGUCAUUGUCGCACGCUAACAUUGUUGCAAGCAACUCCGCGAUGUGGCUUGAAUUGUUCAACAAAAGGGAACCUCAACCAAAGUAAAUUGAACCCUUUACUCAGGUUAUACAUCUCCUUCAGGUAGAGCAUGUAUGCAUGUGCAACAGUGCAAGUGUAAUGGUUUAUAUAUCUCGAAGUUAAUAAUCUCCUUCAGCUGCUGGGACUCUGACGGCUACUUUGAGAUUAAUCACAAAAGCAACAUUUGAGAGUUCAGAUGGUGGCCUUCGCAAGGGGGGCAACUGCUUUUGAGGGAUCAAAGACGGUUACUGCUGACCUUGCUGCUGCUGAGAUUCAAUUAUCCACAGAUGAUGCUGCUGCGAUGGAGGAUCCGAAUCAGUUUGAGCGCUUAAGUAACAAAGAGCUUCUACUUCAAAAUAUCGAUUACGCACUUGACAUCUUCCUAAUAUAUGUCUUGACACUGUCAAUUUUCCCUGGUUUCAUAGCCGAAGAUACAAGAUCACAUAGCUUGGGAUCAUGGUAUACACUCGUUUUGAUUACCAUGUACCAUGUUUGGGACCUUGUGGGUGGCAUUCUAUUUCACAGCGAAGCAUGGAGAUCAAGGGUGGAUGAUAAUGUUGACGUCCUUCUUGGGACUCAGCCAUGGCUACCUCAGUGUUUGUAUUUUUUCAGAAGCACCAAAAGGAUACAAGGGUCCGAAACAAAAUGCAUUGGGGAACUUGUUGUCUGCAGUUCUGACUACAGGUAUUUUCUUAGGUGUUGGACUCAGCUGGUAAUGGCUAAUUGGCAAAGGUUUGUAAUAAAUUCUAUAGUGAAGUACCAAUAUUAUCCUACCUAAAAAUUUUGUAGCGGAGUACCAACAUUAUCCUACCUAGAAAUUCUGUAGUGAUGUUAUGUGGAUGUUUAAACAUUUGAUUAGCGAUGAUUCGUGUCUUGGUUAUGUA